AUGUCUCCCCCGCAUACGCAAGUAUUCGAAGAUGGUAUCACAGUCACGCCGAUAUCAUCGCAUACAUAUGCCACGAACGUUCAUCAAGAUUGGACUAUUGGAGCCGUCCCCCAUGGCGGCUAUACAAUGUCAAUCCUCUACCGCCUGGCCAUCACACAUUUCAAACACACGCAUCCAACACGACACAAUGCCCAACCUCUACCAAUAUCCAUGCAAAUGACAUUCCUUCGUCGAACAGCCGCGGGACCGGCGACUCUGACAGUGGAAGAUUCAAAGCUGGGAUUGAGAACGUCUACGAUUCACGUUACACUUUCUCAGGAAGAUGAUAGCAGGAGCAGCAGCGCUAAGAAGCAAAAUAAAAAGCUAACGGCUAAAGUGGUGGGAUAUAUCACCGUAUCAGACCCCAUUUCGGAUGUUGGGCCUUCAAUUCCUUUGGCUUGGGAGUUGUAUCCGCCUGCACCGAGUCGUGGACCCCCCAGUGUUGUGAUUACUGCCGACAAUGUGAGCUUGUCGCCGGACAAUACCACCCAAUCGAAAUGGAGACAGACAGGGCCAACAGAUUGGGCCAAAUUCAGGCUCGUGGAACAUCAAUGUAUUACCUUUGGACCGACAAGCGAGUAUAAGACACCGGGGGUAUUGGAUCAAUGGGCGAGACUUCGAACUGUGACCACGGGGUCUUCAGCAGCUGGGAAUGGGAAGUGGACGAACGAGACGCUUCCGUUUUUGAGUGAUUGGUUUCCUGCGGGGUUGGAGGAAGUGGGCAGUCAAUCCCUAUCUUCGUCGUCGUCGCCAGCCUCAACGAGGCCCAAAAUUCCUCCGUUUUGGUAUCCGACUGUCACGUUGAAUAUAGACUUUAAGAAGAGUCUUCCGCCUCAGGGGGUGGAUUGGUUAUAUUCUCGAGUUGUGAUGAAAUCCGUACGAAACGGAAGAAUGGAUAUUGAGGUGAUCAUCAUGGAUGAACAGGGGGAGAUUGUCGCAUUGUGUUCGCAUAUCGGGUUGGUGGUUCCUAUUGAGCGCAACACGAGUGGGAGAAAGUACGAAAAGCCCAAGAUAUGA